AACAAAGACUAAUGGUUUACCCUUAAAAGAUGGAAGUGGCGUUUUAGUUAAAAGGGGUCAUGCUAAAAUUUUAGCCUACCGUAGUUAUGGACUUCAGCAAGACCCUCUUAACUAUUAUAGGGAACAAAUAAUGCUAUACAUCCCAUGGAGAAAUGAAGUGGAUGAAGUUGAAAAUGAGAACAUUGAUCAACAGACCAUAUACAAAGAUCGAUACCAAGAGAUUGUUGCAAAUCGACAAAAGUUCAAUGUCUUAGAUGAACAGGUAAUCGACGAAGCACUGAAACUUGCCGAAGACCGAUCAAAUCAAUUAGACGAUGGUGGAUUCGGUGGAGAAAUCGAUGAUGAGUUUAUGCCUUAUGGACUAGACAACCCCAUUUAUGAUCCAUUCAAUCACAUCAUCGAUAAGAAAGACGACGAAGCGCCAGUAAAACAUAUCGCUUUUCCAACGCCUCAUCAGAUAAGCGAUUCAGAGUAUGAAGCCCUCAUAAGCAAACUGAAUCACAAGCAGUAUCAGUUCCUUAAUGUCGUGCAAGACAGUCUAAUUGAAGGGGAAACUUUCUACUGCACACUUAGUGGUCCAGCAGGUACAGGCAAAAGUCACCUGAUUACGGCAAUAACCCAGUCGUUAUUGCGCCAUUUCAACUCAAUACCGGGAAAUAAUCCUGAAAGUUUAAAAGUGUUACUUUGUGCGCCUACAGGUAAAGCGGCAUUUAAUAUCGGAGGUAUAACCUUACAUGCGGCAUUAUCGUUACCCGUUAGUCAGUAUGGUGAAGAACUAAUUCCGUUACACCAUGACACCGUUAAUACUAUAUAUUGUAAUUUGUAUGACUUAAAAUUAAUUAUCAUAGAUGAAUAUUCCAUGCUUGGCGCCAGAUUGUUUGACCAUAUUAACAGUAGAUUGCAGCAAAUCUUUAAAUCUGACGCCAUCUUUGGAAAUAUUUCAAUAAUUUUAUGCGGCGAUAAUCGUCAAUUACCCCCAGUAAGGGAUAUGUAUAUUUUUUGCCCAGUAAAAACAAAUCCGUAUAAAGAAUUAUGCGGAACGUAUCUGUGGGAUCAUUUUAAAUAUUUUGAACUUUCAGAAAUAAUGAGACAGAGUGAAGAUAAGUCUUUUGCAGUUGCCCUCAAUAAUAUGGCGUUUGGUAAAAUGACCGACGAAGAUGCAAUUGAUCAAGUCCAGGGAAGUCGACAGUAUUGACCAAAUUCCUGAAGACACUAUGCAUUUAUUUUGCACCAAUGCUGAAGUAGAUGCAUUCAAUGAAAUGAAACUGUCUACAUUUAAAACCGAGCGAGCCGUAAGUCAAGCCAGAGACGUUAUCAAAGGGAGUUGCUCAGAACGACUAAAAAAUUUAUUUCUGGAACACGCAAAAAGCUUAAAAAAGGGGGAGAGUUUUGGCCUAAUGUUAAAUUUAAUAUUGCAGGUAGAUGCCAAAUAUAUGAUUUCAAUGAAUGUGGACACCAGUGAUGGAAUAGUCAAUGGUGCAACAGGCAUCCUACGUCAAAUAGACUAUGACCGAAGUAAAAUUCCAUUCAGAGUGUGGAUGGAGUUCUUCGAUUCCAAGUCAGGCCAGGAAUGCCGCAAGAGAAACGAAUCCCUUAGGAAGUCUAUGGGUGUGUUAUACACCUGGACGCCCACAGAAAGAGCUGCUAGAGCUGUUAAAAUUCAAAAAGGCAGCAAUGUUCACGUUGAGCGUCUUCAGUUUCCUCUUGUAAUCAGUGAAGGAAUUACAAUCCACAAGAGUCAAGGUGCCACCUACAAACAGGUGGCUGUUCACAUUGGAAAUCGCAUGACGAGAACCAGUACCUAUGUUGCUUGUAGUCGGGCCACAAAGCUAAGUGGCCUCUACAUCAUUGGAAAUUAAGAUUGAAGACGAUAUUACUACUUUGAUACAACUCUGGUACCGCUCUUUCCAAAAAUAGACUGCCAACCUGUGGAGAAUAUAG